UAUCACCAAGUUCACAUUCACUCCUGUCCCUGUGAAGAGUGAAGAUGAUGAAGAGAAACCUCAGUUUGAGGGACACCACUGUGGAGGACCAGGAACAGUGCCCGGAGGCGGAGUACAACCAGUGCCCGGAGGAGGGGUACGACCAGUGCCCAGAGACUCUGAUCCAGAUUUAAUACCAGAUACUGAGGACAAGAAGCCUGACAGUUCUUUAGUUGCUGAGAUCGAAGUCAGUCUUGAUGACUGGGACAAGACUAGCCCUGAGACUUCAGAGUUUUCUGAACCAGAGAUUGACGAGGGUGAUGACUGGAAACCUCAGUCAUGUUUAAACUCUCUGAAACAUAAGGAACGUCCUGUCAGGAAUGGAGAGAAACAGUUUAGCUGCUCCGAGUGUGGGAGAAGAUUUUCUCAAAAGAAACAUCAGACCCAACACAUGCAGGUCCACAUACGGAAGAAACUAUUGACCUGCAGUGUUUGUGAGCAAAAGUUCACUCGGCUUUGGCAGGUCAAAAGACAUAAAUGUGCUGGUCGUCAGUCCUCAGAGCUUUAUCAGAGUCCAACUGAGGAGAGCGGAGAGGCGGAGCAGAUGGAGACAGAAGCUGAUGGAGAAGACUGUGGAGGACCAGAACCAGCCAGGAACUCAGAUCCAGAUCCAGAUUUACCAUCAGAUACUGAUGACAAGACCGGAGACUCCUCUGAAGCUGAGACUGAUGACAGUGACGAUGACUGGAAGGAGACCAGUGAUUCACUGACGGAGGAUGAAGAUGAAGAUGACGAUGAUGAGGACGAUGACUUCACAACAGGGUCAUCAACAACAUCACAACAUCCAAUGAAGCGCCGUCGAGAUGGGUCCGCCGCCUUUAGAGCAAGAGAAGAGGAGGAGGGGGAAGAGGCUCGGUGGCAUAACAAAGAGGAGAAAGAUAAAAGACCCGACCCACUCAGGUUCAUACCCAUCAGGGAACCUGGCCCCACCCUCGACCCCACCGCUUCAUGGUCUCCCCUUUCACUCUUCCAGCUGUUUUUUAGUGACUCCAUCGUCUGCACCAUCAUUGAAAACACAAACGCAAAUGCUGCCAAAAGACUUAAGUCCGGGUUGAAGUUUGUGUGGAAACCUCUGACGGUGAGCGAUUUCUACAUCUUCCUGUCCAUCAUCAUCUUCUCAGGACUUGUUAAAGUACACGUCAGAGGGGACUACUGGAGAAAGGAAUGGCCGUUCAACUUCAGAUUCCCUGGCGAAACCAUGAGACGGGAUCGCUUUGAAUCCAUCUUAUGGUCCCUGCACUUGAGCAAUCCAGCAGAGGACGAAGAGAACGACCGCAAGAAGAACACAGCAGAGUAUGACCGACUGUUCAAGAUCAAGCCACUGUACACUGAGAUAGUGAACGCCUGCAAAGUGCAGUUCCAGCCUUACCAGAAUAUUUCCAUAGAUGAACGGAUGGUGGCGUCCAGGGCUCGCACAGGUAUGACACGAUACAUGAAGGACAAGCCCACAAAGUGGGGGUACAAAAUAUUUGUGCUUUCGGACUCCUUAACGGCCUACACGUGGAAUUUCUUUGUCUAUGAGGGAAGGAGUGUGCAUGGUCCAGGCCAGGGUUUGAACUACACUUCAGUCAUGGACCUUAUGGCGUUCCCUCUCCUUGGUCGGGGCUACACACUAUUCGUCGACAGUUUCUAUUCCAGCACCGCCCUCUUUAAGGAACUGUCCAGACAAGACAUCGCCGCAUGUGGGACAGUCAGAAAAAAACAGAUUGGCUUUCCAAAGACCACCCAGAAUGACUUACCAAAGAAUGCUGAAAGAGGAGAUAUGCGAUGGAUACGCCAAAACAACCUCCUGUUUGUAAAAUGGAUGGACACACGUGAAGUGACCAUUUGCUCAACUGUACACGAAGCCUUCAGCGGACAGACAGUGCAGAGGAAAGUCAAAGAGGCCGGCGUGUGGCAAACCAAGAACAUAACCAUUCCCGAUUCUAUUGUGGAGUACAACCGCAACAGGGGUGGCGUGGAUCUGUCCGAUGCUUUGAUCGGCUGCUACAGCGUGCACCACAAAACCAUGAAAUGGUACAAGAGGUUCUUUUACCAUUUUAUGGACAUCGCUGUGGUCAACAGUUUCCUGCUCCACAAAGAACUACACAAAAAGAAGAACGAUCCCGUUGUGAAGAAGCCACUCUCCCAGAAGCGCUUUAGGGAGAAGCUCGCUGCAGAAAUGCUGUGGUAUGCCAAAGACUCAGCACCACCAACGUCAACUCCAGCCGCCUGCAUGCCUGCAUACUUUGGAGACAAUGGUACAGAAUCCAGGAAGUACUGCAAGAGAUGCCAGGACGCUGGUAUCAAAAGGAUGAAAACACCUGUGUACUGCAUGAAGUGUCAGGUCCCGCUCUGCUUUAAUGCCAGAAGGAACUGCUUCAAAGAUUGGCACAACAAAUAAGCCCCUCUUCGUUUCAUUAAUUAGCUAUGGAUGGAGGAGAGGAGCCUUUUCCCCCUAAAACCCCGCCCAUGGACCCAAAUUUGUUUUUUGGAUCAUCUGAGAUGGGUCUUGAAUUUGGGUGCAUUUGGUAAUAUGGAUAUUCCACCUCAACAUUCCUUGACUAAAACCUCUAUAACUUUCCUCUGUUCUACUUAAACAGUAUCAGUCUUGGCACCAGUAAUGUUCAGAUGUUGCUGCAACUACAUAAUUCCAACAGGAUACCAUAAAAUUUCAUUUAAAAGCCUAGUCCCAAUUAAAUGUCCAGUCCCUUUUACGAGCCCGAUGUGGCCUCUGGAUUAGAGAGCUGUACCAGGUGCCGCUCCAAGGCUCCAGUAUCCCCGGCUUGUCAGAAAGGAAGCAGGAUGGACAACACCGCAGCAGGUGUAACUGAUCAGAUGCAGGAAACCAAGUGUCAGCCAGGCCAGGCCUCUAUUUGAGACAGGCCUUUAAUUUGACAAUUAAAGACCUGGCCUGGUUGCUAAGCAGUUUGCUUUUCAUAGAAGUUCUUUGGAUGUAUAAAACUGGAUUGUUGACUACCCACUUGAGCUAACGUUAGUUAGCUGCUAAGAUCAGCCUACUAAUUGAAAUUUUAUGGUAUUCACACUGAAAAGUAACAGUUCUGUUUGGCAGAAAUGAAAUUUUUCAUUUAUGCUGUGCAUCAUUACCAUGAACUCUGACACAUCUGCAGAAAUCCCACAAAUGUACCUUUAUCAUGAUACCAAAAUUAUUCAUAUCGACCAGGGGUCGGUAACCAUAACUAUCAAAACUGUUUACGAUUUUUGACCAGAAAUACUAAAAAAAAUCCACACAACGUAUUUGAGCCUCAUAAUAAUGUAAACAUAGCCAAGUCUAAAUUAGCCUUAACAGUCUAAACGAGCAUUCAUUAAUAUGUUUUACCACAAUGUAGCGACUGUACAGGGCACUAUUAAUGAUUAUUUGGAGUUUUAACUUUGCAAAGCUGGCAGUGAAAGCAAACACAUCUGUCCACACACUACUAAACUUUCUAUUUUAUUUCAAGACUUAUAUUUUUUUUGGAUUUAGCACCCAUAGCUAACCAUAGCUGACUCAAGAGAGAGUCACCGCUAUCAAAGUUCGACAAAAUUUCAAGGAAAGGGUGCCACUUUCACUUGUUGAAAUGUUUAAAAUGAAUGUAUUUGGUAUAUAGGCUUCACAUUUUCACAAUUGGAGAAUUUAAGAAUUUCUUUAGGCCAGCAGUACUGACAAAUAAAAACUAAUAUGUUAAAAAAAACUUAUUCAUUUCCAUAUAAUACCUUUGUCAAAGCUACAGAGAGACACUGGAGAGGGACUAAAGAGCAGCAUGUGGCUCCAAAGACACAGGUUGCCUUCCCCUGAUGUAGACCAUGUAGUUAGAGAAUAUACUCUUCAUUUUAGGCAUAUCAUUUUUGAGCCCCUGAGCUGGGGGCUUUAGGGAUUACAGACUCCUCUGAACCUGAGACUGUUCAGUGUUAUGUGUCAUGUAUCUUUGCAGAGAAACAUGAUGUGUCAUGAAGAAGAAAAGUCUAAAUACAUUUUCGAUACAGUUUCAAGUUAAUGAAACACAAGUUGUUCAGGAGAUCAACGCUGCUGAUAUUUUCAGCAUUCAAAUAUUUCCACUACAAACAGAAAACUGUGUAAUGUAAAAAGCAUCAUCAGGUUUGAGUCCUAAGAUAAAUCUUCAAACACUAGAAUGAAACUUAUCUUUGUUACUCCAGGUGUUUCAAUUUUUUAUUUAUUUAUUUUUUUAGUCUUACCCUUGGAUGAGUUCAAUUUUUUGUUACUUUUAUACCUUCUGAAUGUGUUGAAACAACACUGCAACUUUAUGAUGUUACUUUAACUCGGCUGAUUGCUGAUACCUUUUAAUACACUGAAAAAGUUUCCUUCAUGUCUGUACAGCGUUACUGAAGUUUUUUUGUUGCUAAAAGAAUGUUUGAUUAUUAUUUAUGAAAGGUGUCUGCAUGUUCAACAACAAUGAUAAAGGUUGCUGUACUGGAAUCAAGAACAUUUGAGCUUAGGCACUGGACUUUUUAGAAAAUACGACUCUGAGGAGGGUGGCAUGGUGGUACAGUGGUUAGCAUUGUUGCCUCACAGCAAGAGGGUUGUUGGUUCAAAUCCAGGGCUUGACCCCCAACAGGAUAAGCGCUUACUUAAAUGAAUGACUUUAAGGAUCCAAUUACAAAUAAAAAUAGCGUUUAGAGAUGUUAAUAAUUUUUUUGUUGGGAUGUUUUGAUCCAAUCUCCAUGAUCAGUAUUGGGACCGAUCAAGGUAUUUUUAAGUGAUCGGGGUAGGUUCUGUUGAGCUGUGUGUAACUCGAUCCAAUCAUUUGUUUUACUUUCACACAGGUGUUUUAACUGGUGAUGGUUUCAAGUACAGCGUCGCAACCAGUGCAACUCUUAUGGAAGUAUUUCUGUGCCAUCUGAGUUUGAAUUUGAAUUCCUAAAACUGAAUUUUUUAGCAUCAAAAUCAGACUAUG